GCGCCAGCCAUCUCUUCUCUGCCGCAGUGCCGCGCUCCCCACCUAUAAAGCCCGGACUCUCGCCCUCUAUCCCAACCCAAAUCAUCGCGGUUAAUCGAUUAGUUCUUCUCAGCCAUGGUGAGCCACGAGCAGCUCCUGCAGCUCGACCCAACCGCGCUAGCCUUCUCCUGGGCCGCCGAACCAGCCCCGUCUGUAUCCGAGAUCCCGCCGCAGCUCCUCGUCGCGCUGGGAGAGUACCUCUCCUCGGGCGCCGCCGCCGGGCACAACGAGGGGGACGCCGGCGCCGUUGCCGACGCCGCCGACGCCGAGGCGGACGAGGAGUUCAUGAUGUACGAGUUCAAGGUGCGGCGGUGCGCGCGCGCGCGGAGCCACGACUGGACGGCGUGCCCCUACGCGCACCCGGGGGAGGCCGCGCGGCGCCGGGACCCGCGCCGCGUGGCGUACGCGGGCGAGCCAUGCCCGGACUUCCGCCGCCGCCCUGGCGCCGCGUGCCCGAGGGGGAACUCGUGCCCGCUCGCGCACGGCACGUUCGAGCUCUGGCUCCACCCGUCCCGCUACCGCACCCGCCCGUGCCGCGCCGGCACGGCGUGCCGGCGCCGCGUCUGCUUCUUCGCGCACACGCCCGCCGAGCUCCGUGCCGCCGCGGGGCACAAGGCGGGGGGAGAUAUCUCGCCCCUGGCCGCGCUCUCGCCCAAAUCCACGCUGACGUCUCUCUGGGAGUCUCCACCCGUGUCGCCCGUGGAAGGGGGCCGGGGAUGGUGGGUGGAUGCAGCCGCCGGAGACGAAGGGGAUGCAGACGCCGAGGUGGAGGAACUCAUGCUCGCAAUGCGGGAGCUCAACUUCAGACAGGCGGCGGCGAAGGCGGCGUCCAGGACGCAGGUGCUGCCGCCGGUGACGGAGGACGACGGGCCGGACUUCGGCUGGGUGUCGGAGCUGGUGAUGUGAAGAGAUCCAAGCCAUGCAUGAGCAUCAUCCAAGGCGAGACUAGCUGCUCGUGUGCCCCUCAAGACAGCUUAAUUGGAGUACUCAAUUAUUCUAGCAUUUCCCCAAAUUGCAUCAUUCUUUGUGAAUAAACAAAAUGUAUAUGAUGCAAGCUGCUGAAUACAGCAAUUUGUAAGUUUGUAAGCGUGGCGUGGCGUGGCGUGCGUGCCCCUCCCCCCUUUUUUUUCCGAAACCAGCAACGGUUUUGGAUUACAUAAGCAAGUGUAGAAACAAGCGUGUAAUAUCUAGUAGCCUCCCCGGGGCCCUGUUUCGUGAUCUAUAUAUCAUAUGAUGUGCUUAAUUAUUAUGCUCAAA